AGUACUGCGCCGCCCUUCCUGCCAGCCUCCACAACGCUCCUACCCACUCCACCUGCACCUCCACCAUCACGCCAUCUCACCUGUGCCCACCUGUGCCCACCUGUCCUCCUGUGCCCACCUGUCCACCUGUGUCCACGUGUCCACCUUCCUGUGCUGCAUCUGUCCUACUUCCACCUCUCUCUCUCUCUCUUUCUCUAGAUGUCGGUGCUGGCGGUGUGGGGGGCGGCGACCUCCCUCCUCGCCGCCGCCGUUGAUGGCCUGGCUAUCCUGCCCCGACCCGGCCUGCCUAUAGUCGGCGCCAACUCCCCCAUCGCCGCCCUUCCCGUGGCCGCCCUCUUGGCCCUGGAGGCCGCUGUGUUGCUGGGGCUGCUGCAGAACGGGUGGCGCACGAUAACCCCGGACGAGUGGGAGCGUCUGGCGGACAAGGAAAACUAUGAAACCGUGUACGACUACGACUACGCCGAACCGUACAGGCAACUGGUCUACUUCCCCGCGAGCGCUCCUGACGACAGUGAAGCUUACUUCGACUCAGCGGAGGAGCACGGGGAGGAGGAACACAACAGGAGAGUAUCACUGAACACUCCCUAUGGGGCCUACCCUCACUACCCACCACCACAGAACCCAUACCAUCAAGCACCACACCCUUCGCACCAUCACAACGCGUACCAGCACCCACAGGCUCUUCCCUACCACCGCUACAAGAGAAACAUAAAGAACCUCAAUUUGGACACAGGACUGGAGGAGAUCACAAUGGCGGUGGAGGCGUUAGAAGUGGAGGAGGAUCGGGAGAGAGUAGCGGAGGAGAUGAAGGAGCUAAGCGGGCAGGUCCUGAGGCUCGAUAGGGACCACUGCCUCCUCAAGCUUCUGUGUCACCUGCAGAAGAAGCCACAGGAGGAGAGGGACACCCAGGACAAGACGCUGCUUAAUGUGUUUGGGGUCCGUGUGGCCAGAGAGGACCUGUCGUGUGGUGAUGAGUUCCCGCAGUGCCCCGUGGAGGAGGUGCAGCUGGUGGAGGCUUUCUCUUACCUGUGGCAGCUGCAGAACGAUCCCCCCAAGGAUUUCUUCGCCAGCCCGUUCUUCAAUGCCUGGGCUCGUAUCAUUUUGGCUGGCUUCGGGUUUUCCUUCCUCACCCCUUCACCACCCUACACUACAGCCUUGCCCAUCUCCCCCUAUUCCAUGCAGGCAUCCGGCGUAAUUCUGGCGAUCAAGAGGAAGGAGAACAAACUGGCGAACCUAGAAGACUACUAUGACCAGCUGGAGGAAUACUUCGCUGAGGGGCCUGACUUCUUCCCUGAGGACUUCCCUGACGUGUUCCCUCUGCCCAACGAUUUCCCUACGCACGACUUUCCCUUCCCCGCUGAGCUGCCAGGCCCCGGUGGUUGGUUCGCGUCUGAUUACCUACGACCGGACGAUUCGGGUUUCUUCAGACGCAGCGAUGAUUCUGACGGGCAACCUCCUUCUGUGAGUCCUCUCCGCCGCCGAAGGAGAUCCAUAAAAGCUCCUCUCAUAUCCCCAGACCUGCAGGAGGCGAUACAGAAGGCCUUACAAGCCGAGGACACGCAGGAGAUGGUGGCAAAGACAGCGGAGUUAGUACAGGAUGUCGUGGAGAGGCUGGACGAGGAUGGGUGUCUCCUGAAGCUUCUGUGCCGCCUUCAGGAGAAACCCAAGGACGCCCGUAUUGUUGAGGAGGAGGUGCUACUGAACCUCUACAGCCUCAACGCCCCCAAAGGAUCCCCAGAGUGCGGCCAGGAGUCCCACAAGUGUUUCCUGAAGGAGUCGCUGCUGGAGGAAGCCUUCUUCUGCACAUCCUACUUAUUAAUCCCAAUGGUGUGUAGGACAAGCAUAUCCUUUCCUCUCCUCCUGCCUUCCCUCCUCCUCCUCCUGCUGACGGCGCUGGGGGAGGUGCAGGCGCAGGAGGUGGUGGAGGUCCAUCUGACGGAUCUCCUGUCGGGGUUGCUGCCUCUCAAAGGAUUCACGCCCUCAGAAAUUGGGGGUAUUCGAGGAUCCUUCUUCACUUUAGGUUUGGGAAUGUUGCAGACCGCGGCCUUGAUCUAUUUCGCCAAGAAGAAGUACCGGGUGAUGGCGGAGAAGGCUGGCGGCGGUGACGGAGACGAAGACGAAGACGCCGACGGAGACAUGAUGGAGGAGUUCCUUAGCGGGGUGAUGGACGCAGUGGAGGGCAUCAGGCAAGGCCCGCAGGUGACAAGGGCUCCUCCCACUCUCCCUCUCGUCUUCCAGCGGUCGUUCCUCACGCAGAAGAGAUCCAUAAGAGCACCUCCACCUUCAGAAGACUUGUGGGAGUUGUUGGGCGGAUUACUACUGCCGAAGGACAAGCAGGAGGUGGCAGUGAACACAGUCAAGUUAAUACAGGAUGUCGUGGAGAGGAUGGAGCAGAAUGGGUGUCUCCUGAAGCUUCUGUGCCGUCUUCAGGAGAAACCCAAGGGCGUCCGUACCGUUGAGGAGGAGGUGCUACUAAGCCUCUACAGUCUCAACGCCCCCAAAGGAUCACCAGAAUGCGGCCAGGGGUCCCACAAGUGUUUCCUGAAGGAGGAGGACGCUUUGUCGUUAUUAUGGGGUGUGAGGAAAGGUCUUUAG